AUGCCGGCUUUUACUCUUUAUGGCUCUCGUGGUUCGACCAACACCGACCGCGUCCGCUUGACUCUCGCCGAAGGUGGCUUUACGGAUUACGAAGUCGUACUUCUCAACCUUCAAAAAGGAGAGCAAAAGUCCGAGCAAUACAUGAAACUUCACCCAUGGGGUAGAAUCCCUGUAAUAAGUUUCCCCUCGGGGUUCACUCUCUACGAGAGUCGCGCAAUCUGCAUUUACCUCGCAAGGAAGUACUCCUUUCCACUUCUACCUCCCGACUCCGACAUCGAAGCUACGGCACUGUUCGACCAGGCGCAGUCGGUAGAAAUGACCUACUUCGCAGAACCUGCAGGUAGAAUCGCAUUCGAAAAAUUUGCCAAAAAAUUCAAGGGGCUGUCUCCUGAUGAGGCUGUUGUCUCAGAUGCUCUGCGGUCAAUUGAGAUGUUUUUCGACGUUGCAGAACGUCUCUUACACCACAAAGACUACAUGGCUGGAAAUGACUUCACUCUCACGGAUAUUUACUACAUUCCGCUGAUCCAAAGGCUUUUCGCAUGCGGGUAUGGAGAUAUCAUCGUCAGCCGCGAAGCUGUGAGUGCUUGGUGGGACCGCUGCAUGAGUCGGCCAGCCAUACGGGGGAUGUUGGCCGCUGACAAGGAGGCUGCGGCUGCUGCUAGUAGAGGAUAA